CAGUUUGUAUAUCCAGUUUAAAGGUCCGUCUACCCCUAAACCACUUUCACUCCUGCUGCGACACGAACGAAAGAGACCUAAUGGCAUCACUCUGCAGGUCUCCCGCCAUCGCCGCCGUGAGAUCGGCCGCCGGCCGCUCGCAAACCCUAAUUCCGAUCACCGCACCGUCGAGAAGAUUCUCUCUCCUCUCUUCAAGGGCUAUCGUCUCCGCAUUGGGCACUGUUGAGUCUUUAAUACCUCUUCACAGCGCGAUCGCCUCGUCUCGUCUUAAAUCGAGCAUCGGCGUUGAUUCCUCUUGCUGGACUUGCCUCUCCCAAGGGCGUGCUUUACCUUUGUGAUCAAGCUUUACUGGUUAUUCAGAGAACCGGUAGAUAAUAGUCUUUUGUCAGUUUGGAGGCAUCGAGGCACUUAAUGUUAUGGCUAAAACUAUAUAUCAUGACAUUGAGAAAGUUUGCAUUUUAUGUUUAUCACUUGUAACAUGUGGUUUUAGCAUUUUGGGAUAUUGUUUAACUAAUGAGCAUAACUUGGGUGUCUAAGAAUAGUUAUUUGUGCUAUA